CCUUACCCAUAUAUAUAAGCUAUAACAAGAAUAAUUAACCAAUAUCAUUGCUCCAUAUAUUAAUAUUUUUCUGCUUUGACAAUAAAACGAGAGUGCAAGGGCAAAUUUAACACAGUUAGGUUAAGCUCAUUGCUUCUGGAACAACUGGCCUUUUGGUCUCAACCCGGAAGCAUAUGUACUGUACAGAUUAUACCAAAUAUGAUGAAAACGACAAGUUGCUCACAUGACCACAAUAGGCACAUUAUUCAUGGCCCCCACGUCAACAGUAACAAUACCAUGACCCCUUUUUGAAUCCUCCAUAUUCAUUCCAAUAUGGCUUGUCUUUCUUUAGGGUUUGGAUUUGGAGGCUUGUGGUCAACUAAGAAGGCACCAACUGUUUUAAUUUUUGUGUACUAAGAGCCUGUUUUUGUUUUUCUGUAGAGCCUCAGCAAUCUGGCCUGAAUUCAAGGUAGGUCAGCCACAAUUAACUGAUCCAUGGAGUUGAUGCAACAAGUUAAAGGUAACUAUUCUGAUAGCAGGGAGGAAGAGGAGGCUGCAGCAGAGAUUAUCACAAUCACAAGGGAACCAGAAAGCAGCAGGUUACACCAACAAGAUGCAGCAUCCAAUUUUGGAAAGAAGCUAGACCUGAUGGACUUGUCACUAGGGAGCAGCAAGGAAGAGGAAGAAGGGAAGUUGCAACAAGGAGGUGGAGGUGGAGGAGUGGUUCAUCAUGCUCAUGAAAUAGUGGAGAAAGAGAAUAUGUUUGAGAAAGUGGUGACACCGAGCGACGUAGGGAAGCUGAACAGGCUGGUGAUACCGAAGCAGCACGCGGAGAAGUACUUCCCCCUUGACUCCUCAUCCAACGAGAAGGGUCUGCUCCUGAAUUUCGAGGACCGGAAUGGGAAGGUGUGGCGGUUCAGGUAUUCCUACUGGAACAGCAGCCAGAGCUAUGUGAUGACUAAGGGGUGGAGCCGUUUCGUGAAGGAGAAGAAGCUGGAUGCCGGUGACAUUGUCUCCUUCCAGCGUGGCCUUGGGGAUUUGUAUAGACAUAGAUUGUACAUAGAUUGGAGGAAAAGGUCUGCUCAUCCUCAUGCUCAUCAUCAUGCCCCUGAUCCUUUGUUUCUUCCCUCUAUCAGAUGGUACUCUCUCCCUCCCACCAUGCCACCUCGCUACCACCACGAUCAUCACUUUCACCACCAUCUCAAUUACAACAAUCUCUUCACUUUCCAGCAACACCAGUACCAGCUUGGUGCUGCCACAGCCGCUGCCACUGCUGCUCAUCAUGGUGACCAGAAUUCGGGAUCUGGGUCACUCUAUUACCUAAGGUCCUCCAUGUCAAUGGGUGGCGGUGAUCAAAACUUGCAAGGACGAGGGAACAACAUUGUCCCCAUGAUCAUUGAUUCUGUGCCGGUUAGCGUUGGCCAUCACAACAAUCGCCAUGGGAAUGGGGGCAUCACGAGUGGUGGUGCUACUAGUAGUGGAAAAAGACUAAGGCUAUUUGGGGUGAACAUGGAAUGUGCUUCUUCGGCAGAAGAUUCCAAAGGCUUGUCCUCGGGUUCGGCAGCACAUGUGACGACAGCUGCUUCUUCUUCUCUUCAUCAGCGCUUGAGGUUGCCACUGCCACAUGAAGACCCACUUUCGUCGUCGUCAGCGAGGUUUGGGGAUCACAAAGGGGGCAGUACUGGGACUUCGCUGCUGUUUGAUUUGGAUCCCUCUUUGCAGUAUCAUCGGCAGUGAUCGAUCAAAUAAAAUAAUAUAUUCAACGCCACCAAUAAUGAAUGGAGAAGAUUUAGUUUCAAAGUUAGUUGGGCUAGCUACCCUCUCUUUUGCAGCAUUUUUACUUAUUCUCUUUCUCUCAACAGCUAGCUAUAAAGGAAUCAGCUCCCAAACUUUCUUUUUCUCCUCCUCCUUCUUCUCCUUUUUAUCAGUAAUUAGUACGUAUAAGUUAGCAUUUCAACUUCUUGGUACCUUUUGAACUGCACGAAGCGUUAAUUAGCUGGGGAUUCGAGUCUUGAAGGAAAAGAAAAAUCGUUUCAUGACCAAGAGACAGAAUGUUAUCUCCCUUAGACCUUUCAAUUGUGUAUAAUACAAUACGUAUAUAAUUUAUCAUAAAUAUUACUCUAGUAGUAUAUGGUUUCUGUCCCCUUUUUUUAUUGCAUUGGUAUAUACUGUUAACUGUA